AUGACCCCAGAAUGUGCGCAGACGUCGCUGUGCAGAUACACGCGCGGCGCGGCAUGUGAUAAGGAGGCAGGGAGUCGCGCCGGCGCGGCGCGUGUAGCUGUGGGCAGCGCAGUGGCAGUCGCCGCCAUGGACGCUACCGGCCCCCACAGCCAGCAGCCGCGGGUCGUCCUCCGGCUGCCCCCCUGCUGGCUGGUCACCGCCGCCCUGCUGUCGCUGCUGCUGCUGCUCGCCUACUACUGCUCAGGAUGGAGCGGGGAGGCCCUGCAGGUGCAAGAGCUGGCUCGUCAGAUGGGCUGCUCGCCGGCAACUCUGGCUGCCACCACGACGCCGCCGCCCCCGCAGCGCACCGUGUACGUCAUCACCCCCACGUACCGCCGUCCCGAGCAGCUGGCCGAGCUGACGCGCCUGGCGCAGACGCUGAUGCACGUGCCCGCGCUGCACUGGCUCGUCGUCGAAGAGGAGGCCCCCACCACAGCACUAGUCUCAGAGCUGCUCGCCUCGACCGGUAUCCCCUACGACCACCUCGUCGGGCCAAUGCCAGAGGAGUAUAAGAACAAACCUGGAACGAAAGCGCGUGGAGUUUCACAACGCAAUAGAGGACUGCAGUGGAUAAGAGCGAAUGCAACAACAGGGGUCUUGUAUUUUGGUGAUGAUGAUAACGCGUACAACAUUCGGUUAUUUGAAGAAAUGCGAUCUACUGAGAGAGUAGCAAUGUGGCCUGUAGGCUUAGUCACAGAUUAUGGUAUCAGCACACCUGUGGUUGCAGAUGGCAAGUUUAAGGGCUUCUAUGAUGGUUGGAUUGGUGGACGCAAGUUUCCUGUUGAUAUGGCAGGUUUUGCGGUCAGUGUAGAAUUCUUGCUGCAGGUAAGGCAAGCUAACAUUUCCGUAGCAUAUAGAGAAAGACAGAAGUGUAGUUAA